CACCCUGACUAUGGAUCAGUGAUGUCAGCGGUCCCUGGAAUGCUUUACUGUAUUUUUGCACGAUCGUGUCGCGUUGUUUGAUGGCAGCUGGCAAGACAUCUGGUGAAAAGAGCAUCUUUCGUCGUGCAUGACCUUUCCCUCGUCUCCGUAUCACCGUCCGUCGGCACGUGCCUCACAUGUCACGCUAAGGUGACUUUCAAGCAGUUUUUUCCACUUUUGCGCACAAUGUCGAAACGGCACAAAGAUGUACAUCGGGGACGCAGUGGCCAAGCGGACCGCCCAGACUGUGCGUGAGGACAUAUGCAAACUGUCAGGUAGUCUAAUUAUGAAAAAGAGUAUCUAUCAUCUGUUUCAGUAGAGCCACGGCGGUCCAUGUCAUGUGUAGCAGGCUUUCAGGGAUUCAGAUUAGCUCCAGACUGAUCGCUCUCACAAACAGAUAGGGAGCGCAGGGCUGGUGGCAGUAAUCGUUUCAACACAGCCUAACAAUUUGGAUUUAUUUAAUUUUCUCCACUGUGUCUCAAUGUCAUAAUGGACAGGCUGCACUCCUCCAUGCGUAAAAGGCUCUACAGUUUGCCACAGCACAUUGGACAGAAAGCAUCUAUAAUGGGCGAAGGAGAAGACGCAGACAAGGACACCCGGAGGAAGAGUAUUAGGAUGAAACCUCUACCGUCACCGUCGCCGACCUCUGGGGGAAGCUGCAAAGGCAUCGGGGAGACCAAAAGUGGGGAGUCUGUGAUCAUGGAGACGGACAUAGGGAGACCGAUGAAGACCAGCUCAAACGGAGAUUGCCGGAGGUUUCGAGGUAGCCUCUCGUCCAUCACAAGUCGGCAUGUGCACGACUCGGACUCGGCGGAGGAGAGGCGCCUCAUUACCGAGGGGGAUGUCACCCCGAGCGAGGAGAGCCCCCCCGGAGCCAUCGGUGAUGGGCCGCCGGAUCAAGGCGCGCAAGGGGCCAGCGGUGGCGGUGGCGCCCAAAACGACUCCCCAGGCCAGCAGUCAGGGUUUAUAAAGUUGGAUGGCAUUGAUCAGAUUCUGCCGGACGACGAGAGAUUAUAUCAAGCUGGGUUCAUGCACAGACAGUUUGGAGCAAUGCUUCAACCAGGGGUCAACAAGUUCUCCCUGAGGAUGUUUGGAAGUGAGAAGGCGGUUGAACGGGAACAAGAGCGGGUUAAAUCCGCCGGAUUUUGGAUAAUUCACCCUUACAGCGAUUUCAGGUUUUACUGGGACUUGACCAUGCUGCUGCUGAUGGUGGGCAACCUCAUCAUCAUCCCAGUGGGCAUCACAUUCUUCAAGGACGAGCACACACCACCCUGGAUCGUGUUCAACGUUGUCUCUGACACUUUCUUCCUCAUGGACCUGGUCCUUAACUUCAGGACGGGUAUCGUCAAGGAGGACAACACAGAGAUCAUUCUGGAUCCGCAACAGAUCAAGAUUAAGUACUUGCGCAGCUGGUUUGUGGUGGACUUCAUCUCCUCCAUCCCUGUGGACUACAUCUUCCUCAUUGUGGAGACACGCAUCGACUCAGAUUUUUACAAGACGGCGCGCGCCUUACGGAUUGUCCGCUUCACCAAGAUCCUCAGCCUGCUGCGACUCUUGCGCCUCUCUAGACUCAUUCGUUACAUUCACCAGUGGGAAGAGAUCUUCCACAUGACCUAUGACCUGGCCAGCGCCAUGGUGAGGAUAGUCAACCUGAUCGGCAUGAUGCUGCUGCUGUGCCACUGGGACGGCUGCUUGCAGUUCCUGGUGCCCAUGCUGCAGGACUUCCCCGCUGACUGCUGGGUGUCCAAAAAUAAGAUGGUGAAUGACACAUGGGGACAGCAGUACUCCUACGCACUUUUCAAAGCUAUGAGCCACAUGCUGUGUAUUGGGUAUGGCAUGUACCCCCCGGUGGGCAUGACAGACGUGUGGCUGACCAUCCUCAGCAUGAUCGUGGGCGCUACCUGCUAUGCCAUGUUUGUGGGCCACGCCACCGCGUUAAUCCAAUCUCUAGACUCAUCUCGACGGCAGUACCAGGAGAAGUACAAACAGGUGGAGCAGUACAUGUCCUUCCACAAGCUGCCGGCAGACAUGAGGCAGAGAAUCCACGACUACUACGAGCACCGUUACCAGGGCAAGAUGUUCGACGAGGAGAGCAUCCUGGGAGAGCUGAACGAGCCUCUCCGAGAGGAAAUCAUCAACUUUAACUGUCGAAAGCUGGUGGCGUCCAUGCCUCUGUUUGCCAACGCCGACCCAAACUUUGUCACCUCCAUGCUCACAAAGCUGAAAUUUGAAGUGUUCCAGCCAGGGGAUUACAUCAUCAGGGAGGGCACCAUCGGCAAGAAAAUGUACUUUAUCCAACAUGGGGUUGUCAGUGUGCUAACCAAAGGCAAUAAAGAAACCAAACUUUCAGACGGCUCCUACUUUGGAGAGAUUUGUUUGCUGACGCGAGGUAGAAGGACGGCCAGUGUCAGAGCGGACACAUACUGUCGCCUGUACUCACUGUCGGUCGACAACUUCAAUGAGGUGCUGGAGGAGUAUCCUAUGAUGAGAAGGGCCUUUGAAACUGUUGCACUGGACAGACUGGAUCGCAUCGGCAAGAAAAACUCCAUCCUGCAGCACAAGGUACAACACGACCUCAGCUCUGGUGUACUCAACUACCAGGAGAAUGAGAUCAUCCAGCAGAUUGUGCAGCAUGACAGGGACAUGGCCCACUGCGCCCACCUCAUGCAGAAUGCCCCGCCCCAGACACCCCCCUCGCCUACCCCUGUCAUCUGGGCUCCCCUCAUCCAGGCUCCUCUCCAGGCAGCAGCUGCCACCACCUCAGUAGCCAUUGCGCUGACGCACCAUCCCCACCUCCCACCAACACUCUUCAGGCCUCCAGUUUCUGUUCUAGGGUCCCUAAAGGACCCUCCCAGCCGGCUUAAGAAGUUCCACACAUUUGCUCCUUCAUCCACAGCACCUGGCUCUGCUGGGGACUCUCCCUCUAGUACACCCUCUAAACUGCGCACUGGGGUGGACAUGCCAUUGUUGGCCUCUUUUCGGGCCCAGCACAUGACAUUAGGUUCAGGGGCAACUGGCUAUAGCCAGCAGGCUUCAGGUAGCGCAGGCCAGCGUGGACCCAGUGGGGGUGGGUCUGGGUCCAGUGGAGGAGGGGCGUCUGCCUUCCCCUUUGGACCAUACUCAUCUUCUGGUUCACCCUCCUCUAGUAUGGCCCAGCUGCAUCCACAACCACAGCAUCAACAACCCUUUCGCUCCAGCACCCCACCUCUCUCAAAUCUCUUCCACCAAGGAUCUACAGGUGGAAGCACAGGGUCAGGAAUAAGUGGAGGGGCAGUUGGAGCCUGUGGUGGUGCUACAGGGUGGUCUUCAGGUGGAGCUGUUGGAGGUUCUGUGGAAGGAGCCACUGGAGGAGAUACUGCUUGGGCUGGAGAGGACUUUACUACUGGAACAACAGAAGUGACUCCUGGGGGGCAUUUUAGUUUAGGAGGAGCUACUGGUGGAUCAGUAGGAGGGAUCUCAGGGGAAUCAAUGGUAGGGAUAUCUGAAGGAUCACUGGGUGCUGCUUGUGGCAGGUUAGCAGGUGGGGCAUCAGGUGGAUCAGUGGGGGGUGUUACUUGUGGGUCAAUAGGCGAUGCCAGGAGAUCAAUGGGAGGGGUUUCCAGAGGAUCAAUUGGAAGGGCUUCUGGGGGAUCAGUGGGAGGGGCCUCUGGAGAAUCGUUGAUUGUGACAACCACUGGAGGAUCAUUAGGGAGGGCUUCUGGUGGAUCAAUAGGAGUGGUUUCCGGGGGAUUGACGGUAGGGGUCUCUGGGGGAUCUGUCGGAGGGGCUUCGGGGGGACCACUUGGAGGGCUUUCUGGUGAUUCAGUGGUGGCAAAUCCUAGUGGAUCAUUGGGAAGGGCUUCUGGUGGAUCAACACCAACAACAACCAGCCAUAUAGGAGGUUCGAGUGGGUCAGGGGGAGGGAUGAUUGGAGGACAAAUUGGCAGAGCUGCAGGAGGGGCAGUAGGAGGCCAUAUAGGAGGGUCUGCAGCUUGUCCUGUAGGAGGGGCUUCUGGUGGAAUUACAUCUGGACUUAUUAGUUCCUCCCGUUGUCAUAGUCCUAUAUCUACUGGCUCGUCCAGCCCUAUGCCAGGGCAGCUUCUUCAUAGCCAGCCACCUCCCAAGCCUCCUCAAGUGGCUCCUCUGCAGCAGUUUGCUGGGGGAGGCAGGACUACCAGUGGCUUAAACCUCUUCCAUUCCCCUCCACAAGGGUCCCCAUCCUCUAGUAGAGGACAGCACAGCCAGCAGCCUGCUGAGGGCUCCCCAUCUUCCCUCAGCCAUUUUAGCCUGGCAGGCCUCCAGUCUGGCUUCCUGCCUCACCAGAUGUCCCUAGAGAGGUCUGCCCUGGCCUCCCUGGCCCAGUAUGGUUCAGCAAACGCCUCCCCCUGCCUUACCCCGGUGGCGCCCAGCCCUACUGUUCAAAGUCCAGUGGCAGGCAGGACUUUCCAUUACAGCGACCCCUCCAGUACCACAGGAUCCCACAGCUCUCUGCUCAUGCCUCAGUCUUCUCUCCCUUCACAGCUUCCCAGCCAGCCACACACAACAGGGAGAGAUUCUCCACUGGGCCGCUUUUCUGAGGACCUAAAGCUUUUAUCCAGCUCACACCCAUCUCUUCCCCAGGAGGUGGCCCAGGCCUUAGGCCACCAAACUCCUCGCUCCUCUGUGGAAACUGGAUAUUACCCUUCACCCUUUUCCUCACCCACUCUUGUGCCCAAACCCUGUAGCUCAGUGCCAGGACGCAUGACUCCUCCAAUCCAGACGUCUCCAGGGCACCCUCUCCAGACUCAGUCCCCUGGGGCAUCCCCGGCUUUGCCUCUACGGAGGGGCUCUGCUGCCUACCCAUCAGAUCUAGAACCUCAAACUGUCCGCUCUAAACUCCCCUCCAAUUUGUGAGGAUUGAUCACACCCUCCUGUGCUCCUCCGAACUGACAUACAUGCAAACUAUCUCCAUGUGUGGCUUUCUUUUCUUUUCUGUCUUCAGACUUCACUGUGUUCCACCUCUCAUUUUACCAAGAUCUUAAAUUUACUGUGAUUUAAAAGACACUUUACCGGGUAACUCGGAGCUCUAGAAUAGUCUAUAUUUGUUUUAUGCUUUGUCCUCUUUUUUUAAUUCACACAUACUGUAUAUAGAUAGAGAUAUAUUUAAA